AUGUCCCAAUAUUCAAGCGUGAAACGUGUUUGGCUCGUGAUUGGCACUUCUUCCGGCUUUGGACGUGAAUUUGUAAAAUCCAUCUUGAAGAAGGGUCCCGAAGAGAAGGUCAUUGCAACAGCUCGAAAUAUUCAAAAGAUUGAAGACUUGAAACAAUUGGGUGCUCAUACUUUGCAAUUAGAUGUUAACAGUGAUGAAAAAACUCUGAAAUCUGUGAUGGAACAAGCCAUCGGAGUGUACGGCAGAAUUGACAUCUUGAUUAAUAACGCAGCUUAUGUUUUGAAUGGAACCAUUGAGAGACGAGUUCGGAAGAGACUUUCAAUUUGUUCAAUACCAAUGUGUUUGGAUUGUUGA